AUGGCUAAAACGACAGCUCGAGAAGUCAUCGGUGACAGCUCACGCAGCUGGGAAGUUGAUACACGCACCGAUGAUGGACGAUCCAACGACUGGAAAGGUGGCAGCGCCAUGCAACAAAAAUGGAACCCUAACUGGGUCUGGAUUAUUGGGCUUCAGGUCGGAUACUGGGUUGGGUCUGGAUCCGGAUUUGGGCUUGCUUGUAAUCUGAUUCAGUCACUGUUUGAUGGAUGGCUGAAACGACAGCUCAGGAAGUCAUCGGUGGCGGUUCACGCGGCUAGGAAGUUGAAAGUAUUGGUGAUUUCAUCAAAGCAAUCUCUACGGGUUUUGAAAUCAGCUGAUGUCAUACUCUCAGAGGACACACGGCAUUCCGGGAUGUUGCUUCACUAUUAUAGCAUCAAAACUGCUCUUCUAAGUUAUCACAAAUAUAAUGAAUCUCAAAGAGAGGAAACAGUUUUGAAGAGGUUAAAACAAGGGGAGAUCAUAGCGUUGGUCAGUGAUGCUGGAAUGCCUGGCAUUAGCGAUCCCGGUACAGAACUGGCAAAGAUAUGUGUGGAUGAGAACAUUCCUGUUAUUCCAAUUCCUGGACCGUCUGCCUUCUUAACUGCUCUUUCUGCCUCAGGAUUGUCCACUGAUGAAUUUACAUUUGUUGGUUUUCUUCCAAAACAUGCCAGUUCACGGAAGGAGAGGCUGAUGACUUCUGCAAGUGAAAAACCAACACAGAUAUUUUAUGUUCCUCCUCACAAGCUUAGCCUGUUUCUUGAAGAAAGUUCCCUGAAUUUUGGCGAUUCAAGGCAAUGUGUCAUAGCUCGGGAACUAACAAAAAUGCAUGAAGAGUCCUGGCGGGGCACUUUGGGGAAAGCAAAGGAAGGCUUCUUAACUCGCCACCCAAAGGGAGAAAUUACCCUCUUGAUUGAGGGCAAUUCAAAUUGCAGUGUGGAAACUCCAUCUGAGAGCGAGUUAGAAAAUGACCUGAGAGAAUUGAUCUCCAGUGGCCAUAGUCUUUCUUCGGCAGUCAAAUUGGUGGCGAAAGGAACAUCAAUGAAAAAGAAAACGAUAUAUUCCCUUGCCCUGAGAAAAUUUGCAAAGAAGAACAAAGCAGAGGAUUCAAAUUAAUGUCAAGCAUUCCGGUAGAAUUGAAUAAGAAGGGUUCGAUAACUUGGAAGUUCGAAAGCCAAGAACAAAACUCACCCUUUUGAUCUAUUUAAUUUAACAGGGAAAAUCCAUAUCCAGCACUAGGUUAUUUUCCUUUUCGCCUGCAUU